AUGGCAUCUUCCUCAGCUGACCCUGGCCUUCCGGAACAUGCUUACUACCUGAGGAUGGUGAGGUGGACCAACAAGAGCAGUGUGACGGGGUUCAUCCUGAUAGGCUUCUCUGGCCUUCCGCAGUUAAGGGAAGCUCUAUUUGUGGUCAUCUUGGUCUUAUACCUACUAACCAUUUUGGGGAACACGGCUAUCAUUCUAGUAUCUUGCCUGGAGCCCAAGCUGCACAUGCCCAUGUACUUCUUCCUCUCCCAUCUGUCCUUCCUGGACCUCUGCUUCACCAGCAGUGUUGUCCCCCAGCUCCUCGUCAACCUGGGGGGUGCAGAUAAGUCCAUCUCCUACGGAGGCUGUGUGGUCCAGCUCUACGUAUCCCUUGCACUGGGCUCCACAGAGUGUGUUCUCCUGGCUGUGAUGUCCUACGACCGCUAUGUCGCCGUCUGCCGUCCUCUGCACUAUGCUUCCAUCAUGCAUCCUCGGCUCUGUCAUGCCCUGGCAUCCCUGGCAUGGCUCAGUGGUGUGGCCACCACCCUGGUGCAGUCCACACUCACCCUGCAGCUGCCCCUCUGUGGGCACCGCCACGUGGACCACUUCAUCUGCGAGGUCCCGGUGCUCCUCAAGCUGGCCUGUGUGGACACCACCUUCAACGAGGCUGAGCUCUUCGUGGCCAGCGUCCUGUUCCUCCUGGUGCCCGUCUCCUUCAUCCUGGGCUCCUAUGGCCUCAUUGCCCGGGCGGUGCUGAGCAUCUCUUCCGGGGAGGGCAGGCGGAAGGCCUUUGGCACCUGCUCGUCCCACCUGCUGGUGGUCGUCAUCUUCUACGGCACCAUCAUCUUCAUGUACCUGCAGCCGGCCAAGAGCCGCUCGAAGGACCAGGGCAAGUUUGUUUCCCUCUUCUACACAGUGGUGACGCCUGUGCUCAACCCCCUCAUUUACACCCUGAGGAACAAGGAGGUGAAAGGGGCCUUGAAAAGGGCCCUGAGAAUGUCUGGGGAGUAA